AUGGAUAUGGCCGCUGAGUAUGGAUAUGGAAUUGGGGAAACAAUUUGCAAGGACAUGAAGGUUAACCUGAAAAAGUAUGACCUUGACAUGUUAAUUUAUUUGGAUAUUGAUAGAGUGUUUAUAGGAAUGCUAUUGUCCCCUCCAUUACAUGCUUUAGAAGAAUUGAAAAUUAGUUCAGCAUGUUCAGGACAUGGUGGUUGCAUCUCACCAAAUAAUUGUUCAUGUGUCUCUGGAUAUUAUGGAAGUGAUUGUAGCCAAUUUGAUUGUUAUGGAACUGCCUCCACAAAUACAUCAACAUGUACUAAUCACGGUAGUUGUAUAUCCCCAAAUAACUGUUCCUGCUUAUCAGACUAUUAUGGAAAAGAGUGUACUCAAUAUGAUUGUUUUGGAACUAUUUCAACAAAUGGUUCAGUAUGUUCUGGACACGGUACCUGUCUCUCACCAAAUAACUGCUCAUGCUUAGCUGGAUAUUAUGGAAAUGAUUGUAGUGAAUUUGAUUGUUACGAAACUGCCUCCACAAAUGCAUCAGCAUGUUCUGGACAUGGUGGUUGCAUCUCACCAAAUAAUUGUUCUUGUUUAGAUGGAUACUACGGAAAUGUUUGUAGUCAAUUUGAUUGUUAUGGAACUGCCUCAACAAGACAUUUUUCUUUGAAUAAUCAAGUUAUUGAUAGAAAUCUCAGUGAGGACGAAUUGAAUGAAUUGAAUUCAUGUGAUUUGAUUUAUUCAUACACUAAACAAGAUAUUAGAUUAACCUUCGGAAAAUCUAUCUUGAAACCUCAAACAAGUUACAUGCUUUGGAAAACUUUACUGAUGGAAAAUUCAAUUUUACGAGACAAAUUAUUCCAACAAUCACAAUUAGUUACUUUUGUUGAUCCAUUUGCAGGAAGUGGUACUCUUUCACUCUCACUUAAUUAUCUCUUCACUGAUAAUGAUCCUAAAGUUCAACUUUAUAAUAUUGAUUUCAAUCUAGAUGAAGUGAGUGUUAUGAAGGAUAAUUGCAGCAAAAACAGAAAUAAUCAUAUUUUAAAUUGUGAUUCUAGAUUCUUACCUUUUAGAAAUGAAAGCAUUGAUGUUGUUAUAUCAGAUAUGCCAUUUGGAGUUUUAUGUGAAAAUCACUCUAGAAACUCAAAGGUCUACCCAAAGAUUGUAAAACAACUCGAAAGAAUUGUUAAGCCUGAUGGAAUUGUAAUGCUGUUGACAAUUGAACUUACCUUACUGGAAUCUCAACUGAAUGCCAGAAAUCGGUGGACAUUCACAACACAAAAAGUAACACUUGGAGAUUUAGGUAAGGAAUCCAAGCAACCAUUUACAUUGGCAAGAAGAAACCUCCACAAAAUAAAUUUAUGA